AUGAGUGACCCAGAUUAUUAUUAUUGUCCUUCCUACUCACCAAUAUUUGGCGCUUUGGGUUUUGGAGCCGCUUAUGGCACAGCCAAGUCUGGAGUAGGAAUAUCUACGAUGGGUGUUUUACAUCCUGAAUUAGUUAUGAAAUCCAUUGUUCCUAUUAUUAUGGCUGGUAUUAUUGGUAUUUACGGCUUGGUGGUUUCAGUUUUGAUUUCUGAUAAUCUCAAAGCGAAAAUGCCUUUAUACACUGGAUUCAUUCAACUUGGUGCAGGUUUAAGUGUUGGUCUUUCAGGUCUUGCAGCAGGAUUUGCAAUUGGUGUUGUUGGAGAUGCUGGCGUGCGUGCAUCUGGACAACAACCAAGAUUAUUCGUAGGAAUGAUUCUUAUUCUUAUUUUUGCUGAAGUAUUGGGUCUUUACGGAUUAAUCGUUGGAUUAAUCUUGAAUACCAAAGCUACUACUAGCGAUGUUGCUUGUGGAUAA